AAAUUGCAAAGGCGGAGCUAUCUAGUUUGUCAGUAAUGGUUCCCUCCUUGUUCAGUAAAUCUCUUGAUGCUCUAAUGAGAGAUUUCUUUUGGUUCGAGGAUAGUCUCCUGUACCUCCCGCCACUGAUAAAAUCCAAGAUAGCGCAAAGAAUGUGUAAAAGGCGCUUAAUGAAUGAUCACAAUGCUCAACUGGUUCUCCAUGAUGGGAUUCAUGAUCUAAAUCUUACAGAUGGUAAUAUUAGUAGAAUUUGCUUGCAGUCUAUUGGAUCAUAUUGCCCAAAACUAAUAAAACUUAAUCUCUCUGUUUCUGAAGGAUGUAGGAAUAACAUUAACUCAAAUGAUUUAAGCAGACUAUUCUGUCGCUGUACAAGACUGCAGGUAGUUGAUCUCAAAGGCUGUGUUUUGGUGGAUAACUCCUGCAUUGACGUGUUGACAAGAAACUGUUGUUACUUGCUCUCCCUCUCCCUCUCUGGGUGUCACAUGAUCACUGACAAGAGUGUCAUGAUACUCACUGAUCGAUGCCACUACUUGCAGGUCCUUGAUCUAAGUAGGACAAAGGUCUCCAAUAACGGGCUGUAUUAUUUAUCAAAAGGAAUGUGCUCAACCAAGUUAAAGGAGCUGAAAGUGACACAGUGUAUCAACAUCACUGAUGAAGGUGUGCAAGCUAUCAUGAAGCACUGCACACGACUUAGCUUCCUGGACAUUAACGGCUGUCCUAUACAAAACAAUCUCUCAUCGAUUGGAAAACUUCAACAAAUCUCUUGGACCAUAUAUUAACAGAACUAGCAGAUAAAUCCC